GAAAAUGACAUCCCCCUUUUGACGUGUGGUGGUUGGGAGGUGGGGGCUGUCACAUGGACGGAGGGUCUUACCAGGGGGGACUUCUUUAUAAACCCCAUAAGACACAGCCUUGUCUUUAUGACAAGACCACUAUGGAGUGCCAGCUACCCAGCAAACAAGAGCCUUUACUGAUCUCUUGAAAUGGAUGACUACUAUUCACAAUUACCAUAGAUAAUUGGAUUCUAACAAAAAACCACUGGAAUUGUUUUUUAUAAUUCAACAUUUUCUUAUUCAGCAUAGCCUACUUUUGUUGUCAGUAGAAUUUUCUCCUGAUUGAACAUUAAUUUAUCUGUGUAAAUUUUUUUGAUAACACUUUAAAUAGCAAAUGUGGCUUCUUGGUUCAACUCCCGAAGUCAUGGAAGAGCGCCUGUCACCUUCUGCACGUUUUAUCCGAAGUCCCGGGAAUAAUCACAAUCUAGCAGCAGCGAGGGUUCACAGUAUUGAAGCAAUUUUGGGAUAUAAAGACGAAAACAUUUGUCAUCAAUCUGUCUCCUACAAUGGAUCGGCAAAACUCACUGAUAACAGAGGGAACGGAAUUAUAUCACCCUUAAAGAAAGAGGACAACCCACAGCAUUUUGAAAGUGUUUGCUGCAGCAGUUCUAGGGCCUCUGCCAGUCCUGAUUCACCUGACGGGGAGGAUAAACUGUCGGAUGACGAGAACCCAAAGAAGAAACAUCGGCGCAACAGGACAACGUUCACUACCUUUCAACUCCAUGAGUUGGAAAGAGCGUUCGAAAAGUCGCAUUAUCCUGAUGUCUAUAGCAGAGAGGAGCUCGCGCUUAAAGUCAAUCUUCCAGAAGUCCGAGUUCAGGUGUGGUUCCAGAACCGUAGAGCCAAGUGGCGUCGUCAGGAGAAGCUGGAGGUGAGCUCCAUCAAGCUCCAGGAUACUUCCUCCCUCCUGUCUUUUGGCCACUCCCCUUCCCAAUCGCUAGGCUCCGGGCUACAGCUGGAGCCCUGGCUUAGCACCCCCAUCACCAGUUCAACCCCCCUGCAGUCCCUGCCUGGGUUCAUUACCAGCCCCUCUCAGGGCCUCCCAGCAGCUUCCAGCUAUACCCCUCCGCCCUUCCUCAACUCCCCCAGUUUCGGACACCACAACCUGCCUCAUAUUGGUUCUAUGUGUCCUCCUCCACCUCCUCCGUACCAAUGUUCCAUGGCUGGGUACAUCGACAAGAUAGCUAUGGAAGAGACAGAUCCCCGUAACUCCAGUAUUGCGUCUUUGAGAAUGAAGGCUAAGGAGCAUAUUCAGUCAAUUGGGAAGACAUGGUGAGGAUAGAUGCUGGCUGCAUUCACAUAAGGCCAUGCUAAGACUUAAAAACUACUUCUGCAUGUAAUGCUGCUGUGCUAUGGACAUACAUUCACUGUCGUAUAGGACUUUCCUCAAUGGACGUGUUUCGAUUUUUCAAUUAUUUUCAUUAAUGUCUCAGUCAGUGUUUGUUUUGUUAAUUGUCAGUAUUAAAGGAGCAACACAGUCUAGUUUCAGAUAUAAGUUUUAUUAUGAGGUUUAUUUGUCAUGUCACGCUUACAGACAAUGUACAGUGUACUUUUAGCUAGCAAUUACGGAUGCCACUGAGGAGAAAGUGGAACUGUGAACAUUUCAACAUUUGUCACUUGCCUGCAACCUUCUCUAUGUAAAUAUUUUCAUCCCUGUUUUAAAAUUUGUGUUUGGUUAUGUUAAAAUAACAUCCACUAAGGCAUCAGAUCCCAAGUAUUUAUUAUUGUUUACAAGCUUUUUUUUAGAUACCUUUCUUUAAUUCUCCUUUUAUUUUGUGCUCUUCACUUUGCAAAUUUACAUGACAAAAUGUCCAUUUGUUGUAAUCAGUGCUUGUCUGUACGUUAAGGAUUUUAUGAAAAUAAACCAUCCAUUCUGUAUGUACAACAAUCA